AUCUUGUGAAAUUAGCAGGGCUCCUGUUGGUAUCGUUGGCUGCUUGGUACUUGGGAUACUUAUUUGCUACUUAUGCUGCUCUUGUAUCUGAAGAGACAAUAACAACUUCUAUUGCUCAUCUUAAAGACAUUGGAAAGAAACCAGUGUUGAGGGCCCCAGUCCCAAAAAGGCAGAAGUGUGAUCACUGGUCUCCCUGCUCACCUGGGAACUACGCCUAUCGGAUUCUUAGUGGUGGUGGCAAAGGAAAGCUAGCUAAAAUUUGUUUUGAGGAUGAGCUGCUUAUUAGCGAAGAGAAGGGUAAUGUUGGAAGAGGUAUAAACAUUGCCAUUGUGAAUUAUAAAACAGGAAAAGUUACAUCGGCAAAUUUUUUUGACAUGUGGGAAGGAGAGCACUCUGAAGAGAUGAUGGCUUUCAUUAAAAACGCACCAGAAGGGUCCCUCCUUUUGAUGGUGACUCAUGAUGAUGGAAGCACGCGGUUGAAAAAUGAUGCCAAAAAAUUAGUAGAAGAGCUGGGAAGUAAAGAAAUACAGAAUAUGAAGUUCAGGUCAAGCUGGGCCUUUAUAGCUGCCAAAGGCUUCAAGCUGCCAGAUGAUAUUGAAAAAGAAAAGAUAAACUACUCUGACAAGAAGAACAACAGAUAUGGUGGCUGGCCAGCUGAAAUCCAAAUAGAAGGCUGUAUCCCAAGAAACUUGAUCUGA